AUGACAGGGAAGAGUGUGCCCUUGGCAAGUUUGCACAAUACAAAACUGGGAGGAGUGGCUGAUACACCAUCUGCGCCUGCUGCCCUGCAGAGGCACCUCAGCAGGCUGGAGAAAGGGGCUGCCAGAAGCCUCAUCCAGUGCAGCAGGGGGAAAUGCCAAAUCCUGCACGUGGGGAGGAACAAGCCCAGGCAGCAGCAUGUGCUGGGGGCCGACUGGCUGGGAAGCAGCUUGGCAGAGAGCGACCUCGGGGUCCUGGUAGACCACAAGAUGACCAGGAGCCAGCAAUACUCUCUUGCUGCAAAGGCGGCCGAUGGCUGCCUGGGCUCCGUUGGGAAGAACAUUACCAGUGAAGUCCUUCAUAAGUCUGUGAUCGUGCCUGUGUACUGCCUUCUGGGUGCUGCUGUCAUCAGAUGCUUCUCUGGCUCUGAAAACACCGUCCCUUCAUCUGGAAAAGAUGAAUUACCCAACUGUGUGGUCAAUGCUGCAUCCAAGCAAGGGUUUGCUAUCUACAUAGAUGAACAAGAAGAGAAAGAAAACUACAGCUGCCAAGUGGCGGAAGAGCUGGAAUCAAGCCUGUGUGAACUGGAUACUAGUGCCAUGACAUCCAAUAUUCACCUACUGUUGGAUCUGAGUACAGGAUCUCCUAUGGUAGUGGAUACAUCCUUCCAGUCCCAGCCUGAGGAUCACAUGGAAGAUGCCAUAACUCUGACUGUGGGAGAGUAUGCAGAAGACAUUCAUCAGUACCUCCGAGAGGCUGAAGUAAGAUUCAGGCCCAAGCCCUACUACAUGAGGAAGCAACCAGAUAUUACAACCGGAAUGCGUGCCAUCUUGGUAGACUGGCUGGUGGAAGUAGGGGAAGAAUAUAGACUUCGGACAGAGACUUUGUACUUGGCGGUGAACUUCCUGGACAGGUUUCUUUCCUGCAUGUCUGUUCUCAGAGGGAAGCUGCAGCUUGUAGGAACAGCAGCAAUUCUUCUGGCUGCGAAAUAUGAAGAGAUCUACCCACCAGAAGUGGAUGAAUUUGUGUAUAUAACGGAUGAUACCUACACGAAGAGGCAGCUGCUAAGAAUGGAACACCUGCUUCUCAAAGUGUUGGCUUUUGACCUAACAGCCCCAACCAUCAACCAGUUCCUCCUUCAGUAUAUUCAGAGGCACGGAGUCUGUAUGAGGACAGAGAACUUUGCAAGGUACCUUGCAGAGCUGAGUCUCCUUGAAGCGGAUCCUUUUCUGAAGUACCUUCCUUCACAAACAGCUGCAGCAGCCUACUGUCUAGCAAACUAUACAGUGAACAGCUCUUUCUGGCCAGAAACACUUGCUGCAUUCACUGGGUAUUCAUUAAGUGAGAUAGUGCCUUGCCUGACAGAUCUGCAUAAAGCAUGCCUUGAUGCUCCCCAUUGCCAGCUGCGAGCAAUUAAGGAGAAGUAUAAGCACUCUAAGUACCUGCAGGUGUCUCUUCUGGAGCCCCCAGCAGUUCUUCCUCUGCAAUAG